UCAACUUUAUUUAAAAAUUACACAGCUCUUUCAGGAAACGGAAGAAGACAAAAAAUGUUUUUAUUUUUUUUUCUACUAAUUGUUGCCCGAGUCGAAAUAAUUAGUUCAAUUGAAAUCCAAACAAGUAAUGCAAGCGAUUCUUCGUCGUGUGAAGGAAAAAAUACAUAUGAUCCCACAGUGUAUUAUGUUCGCGCAGAAUGUUUUACAGACUUAUGUUCAAAUUCUCUUUUAAAAUUAUUUGAGACUUAUAUUUUCUGCAAUGAUUGGAGUACACCUAAACAACCUCAAAUGAUCGCACAAAAUGUGGCUGACUAUUUAUUAAACCUUGCCAUUUUUUUAACUGGAAAUUUAUCUGCGGUUGACUUAAAGGCAAGAAAAUCAUGGAGUUAUACCUCAAGUUUUUUUAAUAGCGAGUAUGGAUAUUUAAAUAAAAAGCUAAUGCAAUCAUGGAAUCCAGUUAUUUUUGAUUUUGAUACCUCUGUCAGCUACGAGUUACCACCGACACAGUUAGAAAAUGAUAAAACUCCGUUUCAGAUUACUGUGUUCAAUACAAAUAUUGUUAAAGAGGGAGAUAACGCUAAUUUUUUAAUUGAUAGAUCGGCAUUGCGGCAAACAUUGCAAAAACUCGGUAAUCCAGAUAUUUUACCUGAAAACGGAGUUGAAUACUUCUUGAAUUCGAAAAUAGUUUCCAUUUCACUUGACCGUAUUAAAAAAAUAAACACUGAAUUCUCAUCCAUGAAAUUUACUUUAGUAGAUUCUAAAACAAUGAUAAACCACCGAUGCGUUAAACUAGUAAAUGGACUUGGCACAGGAUUCUGGACUGAUGGCGGUUGUUAUUUGAGUUAUACUGACACUACAACGGUAAAAUGCAGGUGUGACGUCAUAGAAGGAGCUUUUGCCAUUAUCUCUAAGAAAAUUGUAAUAAUUCCAACAGAAGAAAAAAUAAUGCGUAACUUUAUCACCGACGGACUCUCAGUUGUUUGUUAUAUUGGUAUAGCUACUUCAUUGUUGUCAGUUUUGUAUCCUUACGCAAUGCGAUGUACAAAUUUUUCUGGAAUGAUCCUAAUUUAUCGUUAUUGUGACUUUAUUCAUGCUAUGGAGUUUGUUUUGAUAUUGGUAGGUAUUCAAUUAAGUGAAGAUGCUGAAUCAUCAAAUUCCAUUAGCACAAUAAUUAAUUUCUUGCAUCAUAGUGUUAUGACAUGGUUUGCUUGUGAAGGUAUGUAUUUGAUUCAUGGGAUUACUCCUUUAUAUGAUGAAAAGAUUGGAGCAUCUUUUUUUUAUUCAACAUUAGCGUUUGGUAUACCCGCAGCUUUAGCAGCGUCUGUAGCUGGUUAUGAUUAUUCGUACAAAGGGGUUACUCAAUUCUUAUGGCCAUACCCCAGUUCAACUGCAGAUAUUGGAUAUUUUAUACUUCCAACUAUAAUUAUCAUGGUAAUAAUAGUUGUAAUAAAUGUUAUUUUAAUUUACGAUUUAACUUGUUGGAUCGGAAGCCAUGAAGAUUAUCUAUACGUCCGCUCGAAAGUUUUUGUUAUCAGAAGUAUUGGGUUUACUCUAGUAUUUCCAGUAACUCAUGUGUUUGGAAUAAUAUCAAUGCAACUUGGUGGAACCGGUUCUUAUCCAUACUUGUUUAUUGGUUUUGUUGCUAUCCAAGUAAUUCAAAUGUUUUAUUUUCAUGUUAUAAACAACUUUGAAGUUCGUGCAUUUCGAAAAUUAAAAGAAGAAAUUGAAAAUGCAACAGAAGAGAAAGAUGAAGGCAAUUUUAGAGACAAAGAGGAAGUAAGUUUUAGAAGCAAGAUUCCCGAUUCAAACUUUUUGUUGAGGGAAGUGUACGAUGAAGAAGAAGAACCAAAAAGAACUGAUACCCCAUCAUCAACUGGUUCACAAACGUACCUUUUUAACAAAGAUUCAACUAAAAAAAUAUCUUUAUAAUAUUAAAACAUGAAUACAGAAAAAAAAAAAAAAU